CAUUUUGGGCUGGCUGUCAUUUUAUAUCAACUUCAAGUCGAGGAUGGAUUUUUUCAUUUUAUAUUGUCAUUAAUGGCUUCAUCGAUGCAAAAUAAUAGAGUAUCGCCUCCAGGCUACUGCGGAUGUUGCAGAACGUGCAACAUGUGGUGCUGGAGAGCUUUUAAAUGGCUCCCCGUGUUGUUGAUAGUGUCGAUCGUGACUUGGUCCUAUUAUGCCUACGUUAUACAGUUGUGCAUUUUUACAAUUGAGAAUACGAUACAACAAUGUAUAUACCUCAUAUUUUAUCAUAUUUUACUGAUAAUGUUUGCGUGGUCCUAUUGGCGGACUAUUUUCGCUCAUAUUAAGCCAAUCCCUGAAAAGUAUAAGUUACCAGAGUCAGAAUUAGAAAAGUUGCUUAGUGCAGAAACAGAAGAUGCACAGAGGACAAUUUUAGAGAACUUUGCUAAAGAUCUCCCAAUAGUGACUAGGACAAUGUCAGGGUCAGUCCGGUACUGCAAUCGAUGCGUGUUAGUCAAGCCAGACCGAGCCCAUCAUUGCAGUAUCUGUUCAAGAUGCGUCCUCAAAAUGGAUCACCACUGCCCCUGGGUCAACAACUGUGUCUGCUUCCAUAAUUACAAGUUCUUCAUGCUUUUCCUCGGCUAUGCACUAUUGUACUGUCUGUUCGUCAUGUCGACGUGUCUGCCUUACUUCAUUAGAUUUUGGAAGAUGUAUCAGGAAUACAAGCAUGCCCACUGCGAUCAUUUGCUCAACAACGGCACUUAUUCUAAACAGUGCAUGGAUAUUUUUAAUGGUGACUUCGGCACGUCGGGCAGCGCGGGCCGGUACCACAUUGUGUUCGCGUUCUUCGUGGCGCUCAUGUUCGCCAUAUCACUGGGCUCACUAUUCGGCUACCACUGCUACCUGGUGGCCCAUAACAGAACUACACUGGAUAUGCUUGUAUCGUACCGCCGCUUGGGCUCCCCGACCGGUCAGAUUAUAAACGCUAUGCUUAAAAACAUGAUCAAUGAGGCGUUUCGAGCGCCCACGUUCCGAGGGGGCGCUGAUAAGAACGGUUUCUCAAUCGGUGCUUACAAUAAUUUCAAAGAGGUAUUCGGCGACGAUCCCAACUUGUGGAUAGUGCCGAUCUUCACCAGCGCCGGCGACGGCUGCGAGUACCCGGUGCGGCGCGAGCACCGCCCGCCGGCCGGCGCGCCGGACGCGCGCUACGACUCCAUGGGCACCACGCGCUCCAGCGUGGAGGCAGCACACGAGACUGAGAGAUGGAGACUUUGCCCCAGAAGGGGCCGGACCGUCCCGCAAAUAGUAUAAGGAAAAACGCAUUUCAUAAUUAUUUAUCCUCUUAUUCACGAUAUUUUUAUUACAGUUAUAUUUAAAAUAAAACCAUUCGAA